AUCUUGCAUUUUUAGUAAGAAGAUUCGGGCUGAUUAAAAAUAAGAGUUGAAAUUCAACUACACUUUAAUAACCAUGAAGGAUAUUUAUAUGCUGAUCAUAGCGGGUUUGAUGCUGGCUGCGGAGCACGUCGCUGCACAAGAUCAAGAAUUUUCCGUUCCGAGCGUUUGCAAUCCCGAGGAUUGCACUUAUCGUGCUGCUUGGAAAAUUCUCUCAGAAGAAGCUGUAGAAUUCUCCGUCAGUGCAAAAGUAUCUAUUGGCCGAUGGGCUGGUAUCGGAUUUUCAAGAGAAGGGUUAAUGGUGGGAUCGGAUGCAGUAGUGGGAUGGGCUACGCAGUCGGGAGCUCCGAUGCUAACAGAUCGUUUUUUAAUGGGCAAAAGCCCGGAUCAAGUUCCAGUCGAUAGUAUUAAUAAUGUCGAAAUGACAAGCUUCUCUGCACAAGAUGGAAUGUUAAAAUAUUCCUUUAUCAGACCGAUUCUUUCAACUGAUACAGCUGAUAUUAACUUAGAUAAAUGUAUUUUUCUGAUAUUUGCCUGGGAUGGUGUUGGAGGUCCAGGAGUAGAAAUAAGAAAACAUGAAUUUAAAUCAAGAACAAGCGAGAAAAUUUGUUUCGAUAUGCCAAAGCCAAUGCCGAAUCCAGCACCACAGCCAAUGCCAAGGCCAGUGCCACGGCAAAUGCCGAAGCCAAUUUCGAAACCAAUGCCGAAGCCAGCACCAAUGCCGAGGCCAGUGCCACGGCAAAUGCCAAAGCCAAUUUCGAAACCAAUGCCGAAGCCAGCACCACAGCCAAUGCCGAGGCCAGUGCCACGGCCAAUGCCGAAGCCAAUUUCUCAACCAAUGCCGAAGCCAAUGCCAGAUGACAAAAACAGGGGACUGAUUGUGACAUCAUGCUCAUUGAAGAAGUGUCAACAAAACAGUUUAUGUACCAUGGAGCAUGGACUUGCACGAUGUUAUUGCAAACCUGACUUCCCGAUGGAUAAAUAUGGAAACUGCAGGAAAGGUAACGACAUGUCAAUGAUGGAUAAGUGCAAACACGUGCGGUGUGGUGAAUACGAAGAGUGCCAUCAAGACAUCGGUAGUUGUAAAUGUAUGAAAGAUUACUAUAUGAUAGACGGAAGAUGUCAAAGAGGAAACGACAUGACAAUGAUGGAUAAAUGCAAACACGUGCAGUGCGGUGAAUACGCAGAAUGCCAUGAAGACACCGGUAGUUGUAAAUGUAUGAAGGAUUACUAUAUGAUGGACGGAAGAUGUCAAAGAGGUAACGACAUGACAAUGAUGGAUAAGUGCAAACACGUGCGGUGCGCUGAAUACGCAGAGUGCCAUGAAGACACCGGUAGUUGUAAAUGUAUGAAAGAUUAUUAUAUGAUAGACGGAAGGUGUCAAAGAGCUCACAAAAUAACGAUACCAGAUGAUGAUAAGAGUAGAUUCGGUCAUGAUAUGAAGAUGGAUAAAUGCAAAAACGUUAGAUGUGGUGAUUACGCAGAGUGUCAUAAAGACACCGGUAGUUGUAUAUGCAUGACAGGUUAUCAUAUGGCGGACGGAAUAUGUCGGAAAGGUGAGCACAGGAGUAUGGCAAACAAGUGCAAAAACAUUAGAUGUGGUGAUUACGCAGAGUGCCAUGAAGACACCGGUAGUUGUAUAUGCACGAGAGGUUAUCAUAUGACGAACGGAAUAUGUCGAAAAGGUCCAGGACGCAAACCAACGAUGCCAGAUGAUGACAGGAGUAGGUUCGGCAAUGGUCAGAGGAUGGAUAAGUGCAAAAACGUUAAAUGUGGUGAUUACGCAGAGUGCCAUAAAGACACCGGUAGUUGCAUAUGCAUGAGAGGUUAUCAUAUGACGGACGGAAUAUGUCGAAAAGGUGAACACAGGAGUAUGAUGAACAAGUGCAAAAACGUUAGAUGUGGUGAUUACGCAGAGUGUCAUGAAGACACCGGUAGUUGUAUAUGUAUGAGAGGUUAUCAUAUGACGGACGGAAUAUGUCGAAAAGGUGAACACAGGAGUAUGAUGAACAAGUGCAAAAACGUAAAGUGUGAUGAUUACGCAGAGUGUCAUAAGGACACGGGUACCUGCAAGUGCAUGAGAGGAUAUCAUUAUAGAGAUGGUGGAUGUAAAAGAACGGCACCCACGAAGAAAUGUGCUGGUCACAAGUGUCCACUGCACGCAAUGUGCCAUUCGGGAAAAUGCAAAUGUCAAAUAGGAUAUUUGAUGUCAGCAUCGAAAAGAUGCAUGGUUGUUGCUUCAUCAGGAAGGCAUUUAUGUGGUAAUAGAUACUGUCCCGAACAUGCCGGAUGUAUCGAUAAUUACUGCAGAUGCAAGAACGGAUAUUAUAUGAAAGAUGGAAAAUGUAAAAUGUUAUCUACAAAGAAUUGUGGGGAUCACAUAUGCCGAUUGCACGCCAUGUGCCAUUCAGGAAAAUGCCAGUGCAAAUCGGGAUAUACGAUGUCAUCAUCGAAAACAUGCAUAGCUCGUCAUUUACAAUUUGGAAUGUGCAAAAUGAAGUGUCAUGAAUACUCACAUUGCAAUAUGCAUGGCAAAUGCCAAUGCAAUACCGGAUAUAUUGAACAUGGUGGAAAAUGCAUAAAAAGCCACCGAAUGUGUAUGGGAAAAGCCUGCUAUGAAAAUGCGCAUUGUAACUACAUGAAGAGGUGCCAAUGCGACAACGGAUACAAGGAACACGCAGGAACAUGCAAAAAGAUGGUUAUGUCCAAAAAAAGUUGUUUGGGAAGAUGUGGCGAACAUGGCGAUCUCAGAAUUGGAAAAUGUUCGUGCCAUCCAUGGUGUCCAAGAUAUCCAGGAGUUUGUUGCAAAGAUUAUCACGAUAAGUGUGUGGCAAGAAAUGGGUGAUCAGUAUUCAUGAAGAACGUUGAAAAAUUUGCUUGCUUAAGACCAGUAGAGUGUAUAUAUAUAUGAAAUAAUUGAAGCGCUGAACUGCAAACUCAUAUAAUAAAUAUGUAAAAGUAAA